AACAAAGAAUCUUUGAAAAACACAUACAGACAGAACCAGAUAGAUCUCUUAAAGCUGUCUAUUUUGACCAAGUUUUUGCUGUCUUUCACUCGAUUCAAAUAUUAUAUAAAGUUCCCAGUUUUCUUCCCAAUCAAAUACAAAAAACAUGCAGAUUUUUCAGUGGCUCUUUAAGGCAGCUGAUGAACAAGGAGUUCAAAAUCAUACCACUCGUAAAGAUAAAGAUGAUAAACCCAAAGAUAUAGUUCCGUCUAAGAAUAAUAAUAGAAGAUCAAAGAGUAAGAAGUUUAAGCAACUUAUAUUUCUGUGCAUUAAUGAUAUUGCAAAGGCUUGCUUUUACAGUACUAUUUAUUUGAAAAAAGUCGACAGCUCUCGUUCAACACAUCACCGUCAACAACAAUCCCAUUCCCAAUCCAUCAUGAAGAUGAAGAAAGAAGGAUUCGUCGUUGUUAGUCAGAAAUCGGAUUCGAGCAAAGUGUCGCCAUUGAGUGAAGCUCAAGUUGCAGUAUCAUCGUCGACCAACGAGAAGAAAGACAAAAAGUCCAAACCCAUUUCUCAUAUGAAGGAGUUGUUGAGAUGGGCUGCUUCGGCCAAAAAGGAGAAAGGAAGGGGAAAGAUGAGCAAAAAGGUUGAUGGUCGACGACUCAGUAUCAGUGAGUCUCCAAAGAUUAGUUUUAGAUGGGAUGCGGAGAGUUGCUCCUCUAUUUCUUCUACCAUUUCUGGGAUUUCGAUGACUUCUUCGUCAAGAAACGGUGAAGCCUACAACUUGGUUUCGUUGAAUUCAACUGUUAUACACGGCUUGAAUCGUUGCUCUAGCAGAAGAGGGAAUUGGAUAACUACAGACUCUGAAUUUGUGGUGCUGGAGCUAUGAGGGUGAUUGAAGGGAGAAGAUGAAGCUUGCAGGGUUGAAUAUGUCCAUAGCCGCUAUUUUGUAUACUUAAUGUUCAGGAUCUGAAAUGUUCAAGUUUAAC